AUUAACCCAAAGGCGAACCAAGGCCACUAGCAUCAAUGUUGGUUCACUUCCCUUUAUAAGAGCACCUUCCUCUAUCUCUUUCUCUCCCAAUUCAGCCCUGGUACAGUAAUACACCAUCUCUCAUCUUUCUGCUCUCCGUUAAAAAGAAUAUGGGGAUCAAGCUCCAUGGUCUGUCAAUGUCCACUAAUACCAGCCGAGUCAUGGUGUGUCUCCAUGAGAAAGACGUCGACUUUGAGCUCAUUCCCGUCAACGUCUUCGCCGGAGAGCACAAGCUCCCUCCUUUUCUCUCCAAGAACCCCUUUGGUCUGAUCCCAGCACUUGAAGACGACGAUCUCACUCUCUUCGAAUCUAGAGCUAUAACAGCAUACCUGGCCGAGAAAUACAAAGAGACAGGACCUGAUCUGAUAAGGAAGAGUGACCCAAAAGAAGCGGCUUUGGUUAGGAUGUGGGCAGAGGUAGAGUCCCAGUGCUACGACCCAGCAAUCUCACCAAUCAUAUUCGAGUAUCUGGUAUCUCCUUUCCAAGGCAAAGAACCCAACCAAUCAGUAAUCGAGGCCAGCAUGGAGAAGGUAAAGAACGUACUGGACGUGUACGAGGCGAGACUGAGCAGCACGGAGUACCUCGCAGGGGAUUUCUUCAGCCUCGCAGAUCUUAACCACAUAACCAACACUCACUAUUUCAUGAAGACGCCUUGUGCUUCCAUGAUCAGCGAUCGUCCACAUGUGAAGGCCUGGUGGGAGGAUAUCUCUUCCAGGCCUUCUUUCCAGAAGCUCGUUGGUGGUUUGACUUUUGGUCAGAAUUGAGGCCUCUUGAAUGGGCUUCCAUUAUUUGUUUGGUUAUCUCUACUUGAUUGAUUCAAUUUCUUGAAACUUUGAGAGAUAUUUUCUCCUUG